UCUAGAGCCGGCAGCCAUUGAAAAGCUGAGCGGUAACCAAUAGCAACACUUUUGCACUUUUGUCCACUGAGUAAAACCUGGAUAAUACUGUACCAGGCCUCUGUGGGUCGGCGGCUGGUUGUUGUCAGGUUGUCAGGUGCUAGCCACAUUUGUCACAUUUGUGCUAGAAAGGAAAAGAAGGAAAGAAAAUGGAAAUGUGGAAUAGAUUUCUGAAUCAUCCAGGGUCAAAUGGUCUUAUCUGGACAUGUUUAAGCUGUGUGUUGUUGGGAUGGAAGCACCUGUUAUGGGCACAGUAACAUUUAGCAUGUAUCACUGCACAACUGCCUGUGAUCUUCUAACACUGGACGCCUGAGAUAUGAGUGGUGGCUAUGAAGUGGAGCUGUUUGUGGACACCCCUGACCAUGAUCUGAUCUGUAUCAUCUGCAGAGGUGUUCUACGCUGCCCUGUACGCGUGGCCUGUAACCACAUAUUCUGUAAGAGGUGUAUUUUACAGUGGAUGAGGAGACAGGAAACAUGCCCGUGCUGCAGGAAGGCUAUCAGUCAGAGCCUCAUGUUCAUUAUGUUCAAGCUGAGCAAAUCCAUCAGCCGUUUACUUAUCAAGUGUCGGAAUGAACAGCAGGGCUGCAGAGCAAACUACCCCCUGUCAGAUGAGUACCUCCACAGCUCAGUGUGUCCUUUUGAAUGGCUGCUGUGUCCUCAUCCGGGCUGUGGAGAGCGGGUGCUGAGGAAGGAUGCCCAGGAGCACGAGCGCACCUGUGGCCACUGGAGGCAGCUGUGUCCAAUGGGCUGCGGAGUGCUGCUGAACCGGCACAGCCAGGCCCGGCACAACUGCUACAGAGAGCUGCAGCAGCGCUAUGAGGCUCAGAAGCAGAGGCAGCGCACCAUCGCCGCUGCACUGCGCAGGAAGAUGCUGCGCAUGCAGAGCAGCAUGAACCACAUGAGGAGGCAGAUAGGCCUGAUCUGUGAAAGCCUGGAGCUCAGCCAGGGCCCCGAGGGGCCAAGUGAGGACCCCGGAGAAGGAACCAGCACUGGGACUGGCUCUAGGGCCAACUACAGCUCCAGCAACUCCAGAUCCACUUCCACCUCUACCUCCACCUCUACUUCCACCUCUACUUCCACCUCUAGCAGUAGCUCCUGAGGUGGACGUGCUCUUUUUAAAGUUUGAGAUCUGUGUUUUCAGUAGUUUAAAGCCAGUUCCUAGUGUUUGUUGGAAUUGGAAUUCUUCUACAGCUGUGUCAAAUAACUGAUUUUCAGAAUAUGAAACUAUUCGUGUUGAGAACACCUGUCUAAAAUAAUAUUUAAAAAAAAACAUUUAUAUGUGUAACAGAGCUGCAAACGAGUUCAUUAAAAAUUUAAAAAUCUAUAGAUUGUGUUUGAUGAAAAGACCUCCAUUUAAUCGUACCCCAACUACGAUUAAUGAACAGCUCAAGUUGCCCAGUGUUUGAAUACUUUUUCAUGUUGCUGCCAUUACAGGGUGAAGUUAAGUGACUAAACAUUUGGUUUUGUCUUUUUAUAUGCCCAGCCCUAUAUUCUGAGCUGGUUAACAUCAGGAAUGGCUUGUAUUUGAAAAAUCUUAAUGCAGAUAACAGAACACAAAAUUACCAGAUUUGGGGAAACAAGCUUAAAAUGUUUGUACUCAAAUCCACAUUCCCAAAAACUACUUAAACAAUGAGCCUAGUAAUAUAUUAAAUAAUAUAUUAACCAUGAAUGGUUCAAAUUUGCUGUGCUCUAAUGAUGAUGGUCUCGUAAAUUAAUCAAAUGGCAAAUAAGUAAACAUUGCUGAAUGCUAGGAUCAUUGUUAAAAACUGCAUUAGUGGCUUUUAAGCACUUCAUGUUCAGAUAUCCAGUAGGUGUCAAUAAAGUAUUGUGAAAUGAAAUCAGCUGUGAACAGGGAACCCUGACUGUUUUAUACUCUCAACUUGUGCAGUUGCAUGCAAAAGUUUUUUCACCCCUGGAAAAAAAAUAAAAUAAAACUGAUUUUCAAAUGGUAUAGAGAUAAAUUCAUAACGUUAUGUGUUGUAAGAGGAACAUCAGACCAACCCUGGUGUAUUCUGGAUACAAAGCCUGUCAGCUGAUGAAGUAAUAAUAUAUCCCUGUGUGUACCCUUAAGUAGAUUAUUUGUCUUUCAAAUUACUAUUUAUAUCAAUUUCAUGUCCAAGUAAUGUAUGAAAAAAUAGAUUAACAGUAUUUUAUUAUCAUUUUAUACU